AUGCAACGUUUGUUUAGCUAUCAAUGUAUUGCAUCCUACCAAUGCACUGGUCUUGAGUGGUGUCUAAUUAUUUCAUGGUGGGAACAGCUAGGAACAGCUAUAUGUGCCGGUACAGUGACAGUUUGUGGAUUCAGUGAGGGACCUCAAGAGAACUGGCUCAUCACACAGCACAUCAACACAGUGCUACCAAGAAGAGGAGGAGAGAGACUGAGGAAAGUGACUGUUCAGUUUGAGGGAACUCUCAAUGGAUGCGAUCUCAGUGGACACUGCAGACAGAGUUUUGAAGUAUACAAGUGGGAGACUUCCACCAUUAACAGAACUGCAGCAGCUAACACUGACAGUUACGUCAGAGUUGGCCGAAUCUCUCCCGCUUUUACUGAUGGAUCCACCAGCUUCGUUGAACUUCAGGAUAUAGAAUUGGGUGGCCAUGAGGAUGGAUUUUACCUGGCAGUUGUGGACUUUGGCACUUGUGUUACUCUUUCAAGAAUCCUAGUUCUCUACUAUGUGUGUCCAAGGGAGAUUUCAGAGCUCAUCUCCAGACCCGUGGCAGUUGAAUCUCAGUCUCUUGGAGGCUCACCUUCAGUUGCAGGAGAGUGUGUGGAGAACAGUUCCACAGAGUCUGGGACUGACCCUCUUCUGGUGUGCGGUGCUAGGGGGCAGUGGCACACCAUUGUACCUUGUCUGUGUAAUCCCGGAUAUGAACUAGACACCACUCAAGACCAGUGCAUUGAGUGUUCAGAAGGAACCUUCUCAGCUGAUGUCAGUGAUGGACCAUGUGAGACAUGUCCAGCUAACAGCGAGGGGACUAGAUCUAGUCUGAGCCUCUGUCCAUGUCUCCAGGACUAC